AUGUGGUUGUGUAGCUGCGAGAACACCCAGGUGUCUGAGAGCCACCUGGAGAUUGCCACAGGGGCUCAGCCUGAAGAGGAGACGAAGGAUGUCGCAGAGAAAGCCCAGGAAAACGAGCAUCCAGAGCUCAAGAAGGUGGAGGGCUCCAAACCUGCGGACGAUUGCCGCAAUGAUGUGGAAGCAUCCGGCGGCAUUCGCACAUCCCAGAAGGCUGCCAGCAAGAAUGAUGGCCUGAUCAGCAAGAUCGAGUCUGCAAAGUGGGAAGUCAUCCACAAGGACGACGGAAUCAUGAUGGAGUAUCUUCCAAGCAAGUACAUCCCGGGCGGGGCAACGUACAGGGCCCGAGCAACGAUCGACUUGCCCAUGAGUGUUGAAGAUGCACUGCUGUGCUUCAUGGACUUCUCUCCCAACAAGCUGCAUUAUGCGCGCGACUACAAGGAUCUCAAGAUUGACCAAGUCGUCCACUGCACCGGCAUGCUCCCUGGGAAGCUGCCUGAGGAAAGUAUAGUGGUCGCGACAUUGAACUUCGAAGGCUUCUUGUGGUACCUGAAGCCGUUUCUGCCUUCAUCGGUUACCCUGCGAUGCACCAUCGAAGAGGAUCCGUCAUGUCCAGGGCGGUAUGACUGGUCCCAGCAGACCCUGGGUACGGAUGGCAAGCCAGAUGGCCGAAACAAGAAGGCCGGAAGCAUUCAGGCACAUCCUUCUGGAGAUGCCGGGAGGUGUAUGAUCUCUUCCCUAAGUGAGGUUCCCUCCUGGCUACACGUGUGGGUCAUGAAGUACGCGGCCCCGAAGACCAAGACAUACCUGGGAGAGUACACAGGAAGAUAUCUCGCGUACAAGAAGCAGAGCACUCCGGCCUAG